ACUUUUUUUGUCUAUCACGUUGAUGGUAAACGCUGUUUACCUUCCUUCAAACAAGAAUGUGUUUUCUGUACUUUCAGUAUAUCUUGUGUUUAAGUUUUAGAACAUUUGUGGCCAUAUUCUAAGAAGUAAUCUCAUAUUACUUUAAUUCAUUGAAGUGCCACAAUAGGGCAGAGCAUAGCUGUAUGUAUGGCCCAGAUAACUGGGCCAUGGUGGAGAAGAUUAAGGAAGCUCGAUCUACUCAUCCCUGCCUGGCACUGUGGCCAAGCAGUAAAAAUAAACUGCACUUCCUCCUCAGGUCUGCUCUAAAAGUGAUGCUAUUGAGAAACUGACAGGCUCACAUGUUUUUAUGUUUCGAUCCGCAGAGCUCUUUCAUCAUGAUGAAUCAUUCUACAUGUUUGUGUUUUGGGGUUGUCAUUGUGACAGCAGUGUGGGUUUUUCUUUUGAGUAAUUGAGUUAAUAUUUUCAAGCUGCUUGAAAACCCAAAGUGCUUGUCUCCAUCUGCCACUGUGCUUCUGAAAGAGUGGGAAGUAUUUAAGUACCAUGAUAGUACUCUACAGUAAUUGCCAAAGGUGUUAUCACCCUGUUUGUUUUGUUAGGAUUUCAAGGAUUGUUGUGCUAACUACUGUCCUUGUACCAAUAAGCCCACUUGUGUUUGUGCAUUCCACGCAUUCCUGUGUCAGAGUUGUGUUGCUGCAUUUUGACUGUAGAGGGCGCUACCGUGUGGGCCACAUUUUGAAGUCAGCUUCUUUUGGAGUUUUUAUGUCCUUAAAACAUACGGAUUGUUCUCUCGCUCCUCUUCACUUUAAAUAUUUCUUGAAAAACCUCAAGUUUAAGCUUGCUAUAUACAGUACAAUGGAAGUAGCACGCUAUUAUUCCAGUGCUGUUUUAACUUUUCUUAUCUCCCUAUUUGCAAUCCUUUAACAUUAUGUUUGGGUUUUUAAAAUCAUGAACAUGUUGUUACAGUAGACUCCUCUGUUCUUUGAGUAGACUUCGAACGACUUCUGCCAACUAAACUGUUUCUGAGUCACAGUAGAAAAAAUGAACAUGCUUUUUUUUGUAAUGUUUAUCUGUCGGCUUGAAAGAGGGAACUCUACUAACUCUCACACAAUGUGUAAUUCAGUCAUGCUUCCCCAUCUGGCACUUAUGAGGACAGAUGUGAGAGUAAUGUCCUUAGACAGCAUUUACUGGAUUUUAAUAAGAGGUGUAGCAUAUUAAGUAAGAAGCAAGUGCAACUCUACAUUGGGUUGUUUUUUUCCCUGUAACCAGCUUUGAUUAAUUUGAAACAAAAACAUUUGCACUAGGGAGCUAUUGGUGUGAAGCGGAGUUUCACAUCAUUGCUUUAACGGACAAUCCACAGGGAGUUACUGGACACCUGCACUGUGCCAUUUCCUCUGCUCUGCCACUGAGCUCCACCUUGGCUCAGCUCACCUUCCACUUCUCAAGUUACCUCACCCUGCAGAUCCCGCCCCCUUGCCCUUAAGGCAGUAAUGUUUUGUCACUCUGUAAAUUGGUAGAAGUGGGUGGUCCCAUUGCGUUUGAAAUCCCUCUAUCCUUGAUGUCUGAUCCGGCCAAGCUUCAGAGAUCUCCUGCUUUGAACUUUGCCCUCAAAAAAUCAGUUCUAAGGAAUGAAAGGCACUCCAGACUGCUGGAUUAUCUUAUUGGUGUACCUUAUUUAUGAAGUCAGUGCUCCAAGAAGGGAGGGACCAAAGAACUGAGUGAGUGUGUUUGUGUUUUAAAGUGAGAGAGAAGGAGGGAGGGAGGGUGUGAGAGAGAAAUAACACAAGCUGAAGGGAGGGCAAAGACUGUAGAGACUGAACGACGCAAGUGAGCAGUCAAGACAGUGUUGAGUUACAGGAGCUCUGUCUGUUUGGAGGAGAGCGAGGUGGCUUUAGUCUUACUUCUGCUGCCGCUGGCCUCAGGAGAGGCAGCGCCUGGCAGCCCAGGAGGGACAGAAGCCAUAGCAUGGGACACAGUGCUAGCAGCGAAACUGUGGCCCAGCAACAAGCCCAACACAACACGGAUGAUGAGGUUGACCUACAACAGAGCACAAAAGGAGGUGAGGAGGGCAGCUCUGGUGGAGGAACGCCUCCAGCUAAACGUAAAGGCAAGUUUUCCAAAAUGGGAAAUAUCUUCAAGCCCUGGAAAUGGAGGAAGAAGAAGCCAAGUGACAAGUUCACAGAAACAUCCAUAGUUUUGGAGAGGAAGAUUUCAGUUAGGAAAAGCCGCCAAGAGUUAAUAGCAAAAGGCGUUCUAAAGGACGACCCAGAGAACGAGAGUAAUGAAGUGAACCACUCCAAAGCUCCACCAGUUAAAAAUGGUCACCCUGUGCCAAUGGAUGUGGACAGAUUCUCAGAAGCGGGGGUGCGAGUGUCUCGAGGAGAGUCGGACAUUAAGGUGAAUUCCAGGCUACCCCAACUAGAUGAACGUCGUAACCGAGUGCCGUCUGACGCUUCUCGAAGUAACCGGGCACCGCUGGAUGUGGACACUCAUGCACGGCUCGCUGUUGAUGUAGACAAACGAAGCCGUCUGCCAUCAGAUAUUGAUAAGAAAGGAGGAACUCUACCUCGAGGGUCUCAACAAGAUGAUAGAUACCGUAGAGAUGAGAGAAGAGACGGCAGAGAUGAAAAGAAGGACAGGGAAGAAAGAGAUAGGCGAGAGGAAAGAGAAAGGGAUGGUGGAGUUGACCGGAGAGAAGAUAGAGACUACAGAGAAAGGCGAGAAUGGAGGGAUGAAAGGACAGAUAGAGACAGAGAACGGCGGGACCGGGACGAGCGUGAGAGGCGGGACCGCGACGAGGACAAGAGGCGGGACCGCGACGAGGACAAGAGGCGGGACCGCGACGAGGACAAGAGGCGGGAUCGGGAGGACCUUGAAAGGAGGGAUCGGGAUGAGAAGGAGCGUCGAGUACGUGAAGAGAAGGACAGGAAAGACAGAGAUGAAAGAGAACGACGAGAGCGGGAUGAGAGGGACAAGAGGGAUAGGGACGACAGGGAAAGGAGAGACAGGGAUGAAAGAGAACGCCGCGAGCGGGAGGACAGAGAAAAUAGGAAGCGUGAUGAAAGAGAAAAAAGGGAUGACAGAGACAGGAGAGAAGAGAGGGAUCGGCGUCCCGAGAGAGACUGGCGAGAGAACAAAGAUGACAGGGACAGAGAAAACCACGAGAGGAAAGAUGCUCGAGUAGAGAGGGAGGACAAACGGGAUAACUGGGCCAAAAGAAAUGAGAGAGAGAGGCCAGGACCCCAGCGGUCUGUGGACAACUUUCAGCCCAUCAUCAGGCCUGCCUCUGAGAUUGACUUGAGGCCUCCUCUCCAGAAGAGCUCCUCAGAGGAAAGCAAGAAAGUUCGCCCUGCGUCAGAGUCUGACCGAAGGAGCACCCUGCCCAGAUACGUAGCCCCUGCAGAGUUCAAAGAACGAUCAGAGUCUGCUGGUGUCCGCUUCACCCCUGACACUCCUCCAACACAGGACUCACAGCAAUUGCCUCUCCCACCCAAACAAGCUUUGCUCCCCCCCAAGUUCCUCGCUAGUCCUAUCUAUGAGUCCACCAGGAGUCCGACCCCCUCCUCGUCUUCAUCCUCUUCGUCUUCGUCUUCCUCCUCCUCUGCUGCUGUAUCUAUAGCCAAACCCCCAAGGACGGUGUCCCUAAUUAUAGAUGACGCUUCCCGACCUUCCCUCAUUGCUGCUUCCUCAACUGACUCUGACACACCGCCCCCCGUUCCUCCCCAUGCCAAACAACCUCCUGUCCCCCCACCCAAACCCACCAACCGCAACAGCAACCCUGCACUGCUUGCUUCCACGUUGAACAGGGGCUCUAAGGUCAGACAGCCUUGUUACUGGACCAGCUGGAGACGCCAGAGUGAGCUCGGCCUCUACUUUUCUCUACCCUUGUACCUGCGUCACAGGGCUGGCCAGUGCUGCUCAGCAGAGCUUUCACAGGCUGGCUCUGGUGUAGGUGUUGUCCCGGUACCAACCAAACGCUCUCCGCCAACCCCUCCAAAGAGGACAACCCCUGUCAUCAAGCACCUUUCUGUGGAUCCUUCUCCUCCCAGUCAGACCCCAGAGUCUGCCACCCGUGAGCCCUCCCAUGCCCCUGUUCUGGUGCCCCCUGCUGUCCUGAAAGGAAAUAACACAGAGGAGAAGACAAAUGGAGCAGUACCUGAGACCUCCACUGAGCCUCUGCUUUUACCACCCACCCACAUACCUCCAUCUCCCCCCAGGGUUCAGUCGCUCCAGCCACCCAGCAUCCCCUCCACAGGUCCCAUCCCCACGACGCAAAUUAACCCGCCGAGCCCAACCACCGAGCCACCCAGCCAGCCUCCACUCCUCCCUCUACAUGUUCGCAUCUCUAGGGCUCUGGCCAGUCCCGGUGCACCUCAGCCAAACCCAGACGGUUCCCAUAGAGCCCACUCACUGCUGUUUGAGGUACCACCAGCGAUCCCCACAGAAGUGGGGCUUAACUCACGGCACUCUCUCCCCAUCACCAUCGAACCACUUAGGCUGCCAGAAGACGAUGACUUUGACAUUGAAGAGGAGAUGCGCAAACUUACCCCUAAGCCGUCCAACCAGCCGGAGCUGGAGCCCCGCAGCAGGAGAGGUUUGAUUGGAGACCCCAGAGUGUCCGUCAUCCCUGAGGGUGGAGGCCCUGGAGACAGCGAGGAGGAGUCGGACUCAGAUGGCCCCAUCCUGUACAGAGAAGACGAAGAAAGUGAUGAAGACGAGGAAGGCCCUCCAAGUGGGCUGGCGAGUCGAGUGAAGAGGAAGGACACGCUGGCGCUGAAACUGGAGCGACAAGAGCGAGAGAAGGAGACUCAGGAUAACAAUGAUGGCAUGAGCUGGAACAAUAAGGAGCAGUGGGAGGAACUGAGGAACAAGAUCGGGACCACACUGACACGGCGGCUGAGUCAGAGACCCACAGCAAAAGAGCUGGAGCAGAGGAACAUCCUUCCAGCCAAGAACGAAGUGGACCGACGGCUGGAGAGAAGCGAGAUCAAGCGGAGGCUCACCAGAAAGCUGUCUCAGAGACCCACAGUGGCCGAGCUUCAAGCCAGGAAGAUCCUGCGUUUCCAUGAGUACGUCGAAAGCACCCACGCUGAGGACUACGAUCGCAGAGCAGACAAGCCGUGGACGAAGCUAACACCUGCUGAUAAGGCUGCUAUCCGCAAGGAGCUCAACGAAUUCAAGAGUUCAGAGAUGGAGGUCCACGAAGAGAGCAGGAUCUAUACCCGGUUUCAUCGGCCUUAGUUCUCCGUGACGACCAGUAUAGCACUUAAACUGGGGGGAACGAGGCGGUACACUACGAACUGAAUAUGUGGUCCCCUUUGGUCCAUUUUAUGUAUGUAUAUCUUUUUUAAAAUCCAUGCCUGCUAGCCUGCUGAAGAUGGCGUCACUAAAUGGAACAAGGACUUAAGGAGCCACAUCUGUUCAUCCACAGUGAGGUCUAAGGCAGAUCUGACACUGUGGAAUUCAGGAAAGGAGGAGUUUGUCGGUGCAUCCAUGUUGGAGGCGCACGGUGCCAACACUAAAAAGGGCGAGCGCCACGUGCGAACAUCCCCGUUGUAUUGGGGACUCAGACACUGACCUUGAAGGGGGUAAAUCUCUUCCCGAUGCCUUGCCUUCAUGAAUAUAUUCUCCCUUUCUUUCAGAACAGAAAGACUGUGCACACAAAGCGGUUCAUAUUAGCACUGUUGAUGGUACCACUAAACUGACUAGUUUAAAAACUGUUUAUUUGAGUGUACCCAAAGGUGCCACACAGCACCUGCCUUACUACUGAAAUCAUCGAAGACCUAAAAUAAUGAAAGGCUCAGACAAAAUGUGAAAGACUUAUUUACAACUGAGUCGUCACUUUGUUUGAAUCAACAACAUAUUGAUACUUACUGACAGUGACACAUAAUAUCAUAACGUGUGCAUUUUACUGUACUUUGCUGAUCAUGUAGUUGAUUCUCAUGGGACAUAUCCCUAGAUCAUUUUUUAAUAAGGCACCUUAUGUUCCUUAAUCAGGUAUAUCGAAAACUAUAAAGUUUUUGAACCUCUAAUUAAACUAUGUCUAUAACUGAAUUAUUCACAGCAUGAAAAUGUACAUAUUUUUAUUUUCCUGGCUGUUUUAUGGUACUUUGUAUAUGCCAUAGGUGGCUGCUAUUGUAUAGAUCAAUUGUGUAGAUUUGAUUUACUUUGUAUUGUAAACUACUGACAUGCAACACUGACAUGUUUUAAUUCUAAAGUAUUUCUCAGAUAUUAUCUCCUAGUAGUAAUGGUACUUUUUUUUUUUUUUUUUUUUUGAUACAGAGACCAUUAAACUGUUUUCCAACAACACUGAAUAACUGUACAAUCCGCUCAGAAAAUAAAAUGUGAUUUGUCAUGCA